CGGCCGCGGAGGCCCGCGGCUGCGGUUGCGGUCCGCUGUGGCGCGGAGCGUCCGGGUGAUCGGCGGCCAUGAACUUCUCCGAGGUGUUCAAGCUCUCCAACCUGCUCUGCAAGUUCUCCCCCGACGGCAAGUACCUGGCUUCCUGCGUUCAGUACCGGUUGGUGGUCCGAGAUGUGAACACGCUGCAGAUCCUCCAGCUGUACACGUGCCUGGACCAGAUCCAGCAUGUGGAGUGGUCGGCAGACUCCCUCUUCAUCCUGUGCGCCAUGUACAAACGAGGCCUUGUGCAGGUCUGGUCUUUGGAGCAGCCCGAGUGGCACUGCAAAAUAGACGAGGGCUCGGCAGGCCUGGUGGCUUCGUGUUGGAGCCCAGACGGGCGCCACAUUCUCAACACGACGGAAUUCCACCUGCGGAUAACCGUCUGGUCCUUGUGCACAAAAUCCAUAUCUUACAUCAAAUACCCCAAAGCCUGUCAGCAGGGAAUCACCUUUACCAGGGAUGGCCGCUACAUGGCCUUGGCGGAGCGGCGUGACUGCAAAGACUACGUGAGCGUCUUCGUCUGCAGUGACUGGCAGCUCCUGAGGCACUUUGAUACGGACACCCAGGAUCUUGCAGGGAUCGAGUGGGCCCCGAAUGGCUGUGUGCUGGCUGUGUGGGACACCUGCCUGGAGUAUAAGAUUCUGCUCUACUCCCUGGAUGGCCGGCUGCUGUCUGCAUACUGUGCCUACGAGUGGUCACUGGGCAUCAAGUCUGUGGCCUGGAGCCCCAGCAGUCAGUUCCUGGCGGUUGGGAGCUAUGAUGGAAAGGUGCGCAUCCUCAACCACGUGACCUGGAAAAUGAUCACGGAGUUUGGGCAUCCUGCGACUGUUAAUAACCCCAAGAUAGUUGUGUAUAAGGAAACCCAGAAGAGCCCGAUACAGGGGCUGGGCCGCCUCCCCCUCCCGCCCCCCAGGACCACCUCUGAGAGUAAAUAUGAGAUCGCCGCCAUACCAGCCUCCCUGCAGACUCUGAAACCUCUCACCGACAGAGCGAACCCUAAGAUUGGCAUAGGGAUGCUGGCCUUUAGUCCUGACAGCUACUUCCUGGCGACAAGGAACGACAAUGUCCCCAAUGCCGUCUGGGUCUGGGACAUGCAGAAGCUGAGGCUGUUCGUGGUGCUCGAGCAGCUGUCCCCUGUGCGCUCCUUCCAGUGGGACCCGCAGCAGCCCCGGCUGGCCAUCUGCACUGGCGGCAGCAAGGCCUACCUGUGGUCCCCAGCAGGCUGCGUGUCCGUACAGGUGCCUGGGGAAGGUGACUUCUCCGUGCUUUCUCUGUGCUGGCACUGCAGUGGGGACUCGCUGGCCCUCCUCAGCAAGGAUCACUUCUGUCUGUGUUUCCUGGAGACCGAGGGGAUCAGCCCAGCAGCCAUCAGUCAGCUGGAUGGCCACAUGUAGGCACUGUACAGCCACAUCUGUGGGAACAGGAGCCACCCUGCACACUUCCCUUGUGGGAAGGAAGUUUCCCUGGGAGGUUCCCCAGUGUGAUGGUCCAAAUUCAGUGAUUUGGUUCUAUUUUUCUAUCGCAAGGCAUUUUUGUAAAUAUGUAUAAAACUAAUUUUUAUUUAAAAUAAAUAUUUGAUAAUUUAUA